AUGCCAGGCCAGCCAGGACCCUGCACACCUGGAGGGAGAGGAGCAGCGAUGGAGUUUCCUGCCGUGGCACUGUCACUCAUCGUGGCGCUGCGAAUGUCUCCGCUGGCUGCUGGGAGCAAACUGCAGCCCCACAUGGUUGUGUAUUACACAGGCUACAGGCAGGUGUACCAGGUGAGGUCCCAGACCACAUACAGGUGCUGCCCAGGAUGGUCCCAGCUUGCAGGGGAUGCUGGCUGCCUGCACAAUGUUGACGAGUGUCAGGUGCACAAUGGGGGCUGCCAGCACCGCUGUGUGAACACCCUGGGCUCCUACUACUGCGAGUGCCAGCCCGGCUUCCGCCUGCACACGGACGGCAGGACCUGCCUCGCUCUGAACUCGUGUGCCCUGAACAACGGUGGCUGUGAGCACGACUGUGUGCAGGUGACCCUGGCCCAGCACCGCUGCCAGUGCCGGCACAACCACCAGCUGCACGAGGACGGCAGGCGCUGCGUCCGUGAGAACCCGUGUGCUGAUAGGAACGGGGGCUGCAUGCACCGCUGCCACAGCCACCGCGGCCGUGCCCGCUGCGACUGCCACCCCGGCUACCAGCUGGCCCCUGAUGGCAAGGCCUGCGAAGACAUGAAUGAGUGCCUGACAGGGCUGGCCAUGUGUGCACACCAGUGCCUCAACACCCGGGGCUCCUUCAAGUGCACCUGUAACCCGGGCUACGAGCUGGGGGCGGAUGGCAAGCGAUGCUACCGGAUAGAGAUGGAGAUUGUGAACAGCUGUGAAGUCAACAAUGGGGGCUGUUCCCACAUGUGCCAUCACACCAGCUCUGGCCCAGUCUGCACCUGUAACUUUGGCUUUCGGCUGGAAGAGGACCAGAAGUCAUGCACUGAUAUCAGUGAGUGUGACACCGGUUCUCACUGUUGUCAGCAGGACUGUUACAAUUACCCUGGGGGCUACGAGUGCUCCUGCCAUGCUGGGUACAGGCUCAGCACUGACGGCUGUGGCUGUGAUGAUGUGGAUGAGUGCUCUGCAAACAACGGUGGGUGUGAACACACAUGCCAGAACCAGCCAGGGUCGUUCCAGUGUGGCUGUGACAUUGGGCACAAGCUGGAUGAAGACAGAAGGAGCUGCAUCGCCACAGAGGACACGGUGGAGGCCCUGGAUGGGCGGCGCCCCGUCAUCCGCCCCAUCCCUCACGUCGCCAUCCUGCGAGAUGAAUUCACCCAGCUCUUCAGUGAUGACUACGAGGAAGAGGAGGAAGAGAUGGAAGCAAGAGGGGAGCACACGCUGUCAGAGAAAUUUGUCUGCCUGGAGCACACGUUUGGCCCCGACUGCAGCCUGACCUGUGACGACUGCGAGAACGGAGCCACCUGUGGCGCCGAGGGCAGCGGCUGCCACUGCCCGCCCGGCUGGACCGGUGUGCUCUGCAACCAGACUUGCCCAGCCGGCACCUUCGGCAGCAACUGCAGCCAGAGCUGCCGGUGCCAGAACGGUGGCACCUGUGACCCUGCCACCGGCACCUGCCGCUGCCCGCCCGGCGUGGCUGGAGAGCUCUGCCAGGAUGGGUGCCCCAAGGGGUUUUUUGGGAAGCACUGCAGGAAAAAGUGCAACUGUGCCAACCGAGGUCAUUGCCAUCGGAUUUACGGAGCCUGUCUGUGCGAUCCCGGCUUGUACGGCCGCUUCUGCCACUUGGCGUGCCCCAAGUGGGCGUUUGGGGCCGGCUGCUCGGAGGAGUGCCAGUGCGUGCAGCACAACUCGCGGGACUGCGACGCCAGGGACGGCUCCUGCCGCUGCAAACCCGGCUACCGCGGCCAGCGCUGCGAGCACAGCUGUGACCCUGGGUAUUACGGGGAUGGCUGCAAGAAGAGGUGUAGCUGCCUUCCAGGAGUGCCCUGUGACCCUGUCACUGGGGAGUGCCACAAAGAGUGUCCCCCUGGCUACCACGGCGAGCACUGUGACCAAGAGUGCCCUGAGGGGACAUUUGGGCCAAGCUGUCGGCAUCCCUGUGCCUGUGGAGAAGCAUCCUGUGACAGGAGCACAGGGCAGUGCCACUGCCCACCCGGCCGGACAGGGCAUGGCUGUGCCCAAGCUUGCCCUGAGGGUCUCUGGGGACUGGGCUGCCAGGAGAUCUGCCCUGACUGUGCCAACAAUGCCAGCUGUGACCCUGCCACUGGAGCCUGUCUGUGCCAGCCCGGCUACACCGGCCAGCGCUGCCAGGAUGUAUGUCCACCCGGCUGGUUCGGCCCUGCCUGCCAGCUGAGCUGCAGCUGUGGGAACGAGGGGCAUUGCCAUCCGGUGACGGGGACGUGCAGCUGCCCGCCCGGCUGGACGGGGCACCACUGCCAGCGAGCCUGUGACCUGGGGCACUGGGGCCCCGACUGUGCCCACACCUGCAACUGCAGCAACAGCGACGGCAGCUGCAGCGCUGAGACCGGGCAGUGCCUGUGCGAGGCCGGGUACACGGGCCCCCGCUGCGAGCAGAAGUGCCCAGAAGGGUGGUUUGGGCUGAGCUGUCGGCACCAGUGUCAGUGUGACAAUGGAGCCACCUGUGAUCACGUCAGCGGGGCCUGUACCUGCAGCCCAGGCUGGCGAGGAACCUUCUGUGAGCACGCCUGCCCUGAUGGAUUUUAUGGACUGGAGUGCCAACAAGCCUGUGACUGCCUGAAUGGUGCUCACUGUGACCCUGUGACAGGACAGUGCCAGUGUCCCCCGGGCUGGACUGGCCCUCGCUGUGCCCAGGCAUGCCAGGAGAACAGGUACGGCCAGAACUGCAGCCAGACCUGCCACUGCUUCAACAAUGCCACCUGCAGCCACGUCAGCGGCCGCUGCCUCUGCUCAGAGGGGUGGACGGGACCCUCGUGCCAGCAAGCCUGCCCGGAGGGUUUUUACGGGAAGAACUGCCAGCAGCGCUGCCUCUGCCAGAACGGUGGCACCUGUGACCCGGCCAUGGGGGCCUGUGCUUGCCCUGCAGGCUGGACAGGGCUGGCCUGCGAGCUGGCCUGUGCCCAGGGGCAGCAUGGCCUGGACUGCCAGCAGCGCUGUGAGUGCCAGCACGGGGGGCUGUGUGAGCGCCGGACCGGGCACUGCCUCUGCCAGCCCGGCUGGACCGGCGACAAGUGCGAGAGACCUUGUCCGGAGGGGCUGUUUGGGGCACUCUGUGAGGAGCUCUGUGACUGUGGGGACAACGUCUCGUGCCACCAUGUCACUGGUGCUUGUGACUGCCCCCAUGGCUGGAGGGGCCAGCGCUGUGAGAAAGCCUGCCUGCCAGGUUUCUUUGGGAAGAACUGUGCCAGUCGCUGUGCCUGUCCCCUGGGAGUGCCCUGCCACCAUGUCACCGGCCAGUGCGGCUGCCCGCCAGGACUGACUGGCUCUGGAUGUGAAAAACCCUGCCUGCCAGGGACCUUCGGGGAGGGCUGUGCUCAGAUCUGCCAGUGUUCCGGAGCCACCCAGGAGUGUCACCCUGUCACCGGGGCCUGUGUCUGCCCCCCUGGCUUCCACGGCCCCGCCUGCCAGCUGGAGUGCUCCCCGGGGUGGUACGGCCGUGACUGCGAGAGGCCGUGCCAGUGCAAGAACGGGGGCCGCUGUGACACUGCCACGGGGAUGUGCCACUGCCCGCCGGGCUUCAUCGGCGCUGACUGCGGCAUUGGAUGCCCCGCUGGCCGCUACGGCCAGGACUGUGCAGGGCUGUGCCCCUGUGGGGCCGGUGCUCCCUGUCACCCUGUCACCGGAGACUGUGUGUGCCCUCCCGGCAGAGCUGGCCCCACCUGUGAGCAAGGUUGUGAGAAGCACCGCUACGGGCUGGGCUGCCAGCAGCCCUGCUCCUGCCGCAACGGGGGCCUCUGUGACCCGGCCGAUGGCUCCUGCUCGUGUGCACCGGGGUGGACGGGGAAAUCCUGCGAAUUAGAAUGCCCUCCGGGAAGGUUCGGUGCCGCCUGCCAGCUGCGCUGCUCCUGCCUGCACAACGCCACCUGCCACCCGGCCACGGGGACCUGCCGCUGUCCCGCCGGCCACUACGGGCCCCUGUGCGAACACAGUGUUGGGGACCGAGCAAACGCCGGGCAGCUGAACGCGGGGCUCUGCGACCGGCCCUUGGAGCGCCUGGGCAUCCGCCGGGCAGAAAGGCUCUCUGCUUCUCCCUGCUGGGCUGGCCGAGGCUCUGCUGCACAGUUCCACCCACCCGUGCUCUAA